AUGCAAAACACCAAUGCCUAUCCAGCAGAAGAUCGUCCACGUUUGCGUGAAAUAUUACAGCUAUGGAAGUUGGAGAUCUUACAUGACAGAUUAAUUGAACAAUUUAUCACCAUUACAGUGUUAAAACUUUUACGAAAGGAUGAUGUUAAUGAAUUGAUUUCAAAUAAGUUUCCUAUUGGUGUAAAAGUUAUGUUUACUUAUAAACUUCAAGAAUGGCAAAAACGUAAUCCACUAACUGCUGCAGAAUAUAGUCGUUUGAACAAACAGUAUAAUGUAUAA